GGGAGCCCCGGCGCCCGGGGAGCCCGGGAGAGCGCUUUGCGCAUUGCACGACCCCGGGCCUCUGUCCCGCGCUGCGGCCGCCUCCCGCCGCCUGGUUUCUCGGCGCCUGCGGUCCCCGGUGGGGGCCGCGCGCAGAGGCGGGGCGGCGGGAUCUCCAAGCGCGCGGUGCUCCGCCCGCGCGGAGGCGGAGGCGGAGACGGAGACGGCGGGGCCAGGCGGCGGCCAGAGAGCGAGCUAGCGAGCUAGCGCGGCGGCAGCACCGGGGCCAUGGCGCCCGCGCAGCACCCGCUGCUGCCGCUGCUGCUGCUGCUGCUGCCGCUGCGUGCGCGCAACGAGGACCCGGCCCGAGCCAACGCUGACCGCUACGCAGUUUACUGGAACCGCAGCAACCCCAGGUUUCAGGUGGGCGCCGUGGGUGACCGUGGUGGCUACACGGUGGAGGUGAGCAUCAAUGACUACCUGGACAUCUACUGCCCUCACUACGGGGCGCCGCUGCCCCCAGCAGAGCACAUGGAGCAGUACAUCCUGUACAUGGUGAACGGCGAGGGCCAUGCCUCCUGCGACCACCGGCAGCGAGGCUUCAAGCGCUGGGAGUGCAACCGGCCUGCAGCGCCCGGGGGGCCCCUCAAGUUCUCAGAGAAGUUCCAACUCUUCACGCCCUUUUCCCUGGGCUUUGAGUUCCGGCCUGGCCACGAGUACUACUACAUCUCUUCCACACCUCCCAACCUGGUGGACCGUCCCUGCCUGCGGCUGAAAGUUUACGUGCGUCCAACCAAUGAGACCCUGUACGAGGCCGAGCCUAUCUUCACCAGCAACAGCUCCUGCAGUGGCCUGGGCGGCUGCCACCUCUUCCUCUCCACGGUCCCUGUGCUUUGGACCCUCCUGGGCUCCUAGUGGCAGGACGGAGGACACCAGCCCCACCCGGACCCCUUGACCUCAGCCCUCGGACCCGCGCGGCCGCCUCCGAGACAAAAUCCUCGCUGCUUCUCUUCCAUGGUGCUGUCCCCCGGAGGAGGCCGCCCACUGCCCAGGGAGGUGACGCUCUCCCAAGCCUGCGGAGGAGAGCCAGGCCAAGCCACUUUCUCCGAGGCCAACAGGGAGUUCAAGGCCUCCCAGCGUUGUUUGAGUUCAGUCAGAAAGACUUGAGGGGUGUUUUUUAGUUAAUUUAUUCCCUGGCCAUUUCUGGUGACAUUGGGACAGGCCAGCAGGUGAGUGGGCCGGGCCCUCCAGACACUCCUCUCCUCUGGUUCUGUUAUUUGGGUCUCAGAAGGAGCCCACCAUAGACUUGCCUGACCCAGAAGGGAUGUAUGGUGCCAGCCCCUCAGUGGGGCACCAGGGGCUCAUGCCCCUUCUUUUAGCCACUGUUGAGCCCCCCUCCCUCAGAUCUCAGAAAGCUCUUCAGCCCUGCAGUUCACCCUGCCACCCGGGCCCCUCACCAGGCACAACCAUCUCCAGGGCCUGGAAGACGUUUUAUUUCUGUAAAUAGAAACCAGCAAAUGUGUACUGUGAUUUAUUUUAAUGUAUUCUUGAGGACAGAAUGGAAGUUCUUUUUUAAAAAAAAAUUUCCAGACCUUCGAUUCGAGGGGACUUUUAUUUUGGUUGGGGGAGUGGGGUGGACUUUUUAGGAUAGAAACAACACUUCGCAAUAAACUCGUUUUUUUGUCCGUUGGAGCCCUCCCCCCAAUCAUGUGACCUAGUAAUGUUUGUAAGAAAAAAACGCCAAAAAAAAAAAAAAAACUGGACAGGACUGAAAAGGGGAGCUACCUACCAAAAAUACAGAAAGAGCAAAGGACCCAGUAAAGCUGGCCACACAACGCAUUUCUAUGGAUUUCGGAUUUCUACCCGCCUUUCCUCACUCUGUAUUUUAUAUAUAUUCUAGAUAAAUGUAUAUUGUGGAUGGCCGCCAUGGCAAGGGGUGGCUAGGGAGCUUUUGUAGGGACAGGGGACGGGUGGCCGGCCCCUCAUCACAUUCGGCUUUGAAGUCUGUAUUUUUAUAA